AUUCAGUCUCCGAUCUAUUUCAUAUUUUCGUAUUUUUGCCUCUGAGAUUUGAACACAUAAUCGUCUCACCCACGACCUGUUCAAAAAAGUCUACACGCGUGUGCUCGAGCGACGCAUCGAUUCUAUUCUGAGAUUUAGCAUAAACUAACCAAAUUUGCAACGAUGGAAUGUCGACCUCUUCAAAACAAUGAGACCGAAAUUACAGAAAAUUACAUACACCGAGAUAAAGAAGAUGACACAGGAGAAAGUUAUCUUUCACAUGAGGAAUUGGAAGAGUACAAAAAAAUACAAGAAGAGUUUCUAACAUUUUCAAAUGCAAAAAUUACAAAUAAAUCUGAUCUGCGGAAAUCCCUCUUGAACAUUGCAUCAAACUUGAUGAGGCUUCUUGUCUUUUUAGAAAAUACUCCAAAUCAAGAAAGUACAGGUUUUGCGGCAAAAGUCAAAGCAAAUCAUAGAUUCAAUGAAUAUGAUAAAUCUUCAAGCAAGGACCAAUGUAUUCCAAAAAAGCCAAAUGGGCAAUUUGGGCAAAUGAAAGAUAGAAAAGAUGAACAAAUACCGAGAGUAACAAUAAAAAGAGUAAGCAGCAGUAACAAGCCUGGAUGUGUCGCUUAUAUAAAUAAAUCACUAUAUGAAAAUGAAGAAUAUAGAAUUGAUAUGCAGGAACCCGACUCUGGUAGUUCACAAUAUAUCCCAUUCCUGCAAGAAUAUGCCACUCAAACGUUUCUACAAAAAGAUGAGAUUUUUAAUACUGAUUUGAACGAUGAGACUGAAAUAGUGUUUGAAUGCAAAAAUGUAAAACCUACUGUAACUUCGCGUACACCGCAAAAAUUAGAUUAUUUGUCCCAAAAUCAGUUACAAGAUGCAAAAAUUAGCGAAGCAACUCGUGCUACGAUUAAAGAUGAGCGAUUAGACAUGAUAAAGAACGAUAAUGUAGAAAAAUUAGAUAUAAAUAUUCACUGUGAACCCAACGCCAGAGCAACGAACGAAGAUAUGAGCCACCUCCAGUCCAGACCUGACGAACUUGAACAUGAGAUACGGACCGGCAUGAUAUUACAUGGUGGUUUUGAGUGUGAAGUGGUUUUUUAA